AGAAAAGAUACCGGACAAAUAGACAAAAAUCCCCCUUCCCCCCCGCAGUGAAACUACGUGUCAGGUGUGGCUAGUGUGGACAUACGAGUUGCUACAGCUACCAAUGUCGAGUCACACUAGACAUCUGAGUGCAAAGAGUUAAAGCUGCACUCCCCCCCCCCAAUUGGCUGCAGUCCCCCCAGCUUGCUGCUCCUAACUCCUUCCUUAGUUAAACACACAGGACUUUUUUGUUUUGAAGAUUUUCUUGCUAAUCUAUUGGGAAGCAAGGAAUAAUAGAUUGAUGGGGAGCAGCAUAUCAUCAUCUUUGGGGAAGUCAGCAACUGCUCCUAUGAACCAGAUCCAAGAAACAAUUUCUGAUCAUUGUGUAGUGAUUUUCUCAAAAACAUCCUGUUCUUACUGUAAAAUGGCAAAAAAGCUUUUCCAUGACAUGAAUGUUAACUAUAAAGUGGUGGAAUUGGACAUGCUUGAAUAUGGAAGCCAGUUUCAAGAUGCUCUUUACAAAAUGACUGGUGAAAGAACUGUUCCAAGAAUAUUUGUCAAUGGAACUUUUAUUGGAGGUGCAACUGACACUCAUAGGCUUCACAAAGAAGGGAAAUUGCUUCCAUUAGUUCAUCAGUGUUAUUUAAAAAAAAGUAAGAGGAAAGAAUCUCAGUGACAUAGGUACUCAAAACUUUGCUAGUAAAUAUCAGUUAUUUAGAGUGAUAAUGCCUGAGAGUGUCUUUAUAAUGAGGAUGUUUUAACUAUAUUAAUUCUCUUCAUGAAGAUGUAAAAAUAAUGAACAAUAAAUUGCAGUGGAAACCUCA